AUGGUGGUGACUUCCUGUAUCCGAGAGGUCAGGAAGGAGGUCCAAGGAGAUACCAAAAAGGUCAGGAAGGAGGUCCAAGAAGACUCCAGAGAAGUCAGGAAGGAGGUCCAAGGAGACACCAGUGAGGUCAGGAAGGAGGUCCAAGGAGACACCAGAGAGGUCAGGAAGGAGGUCCAAGGAGACACCAGAGAGGUCAGGAAGGUGGUCCAAGGAAACACCAGAGAGGUCAGGAAGGAGGUCCAAGGAGACACCAAAAAGGUCAGGAAGGAGGUCCAAGAAGACUCCAGAGAAGUCAGGAAGGAGGUCCAAGGAGACACCAGUGAGGUCAGGAAGGAGGUCCAAGGAGACACCAGAGAGGUCAGGAAGGAGGUCCAAGGAGACACCAGAGAGGUCAGGAAGGUGGUCCAAGGAAACACCAGAGAGGUCAGGAAGGAGGUCCAAGGAGACACCAGAGAGAUCAGGAAGGAGGUCCAAGGAGACACCAGAGAGGUCAAGAAGGAGGUCCAAGGAAACACCAGAGAGGUCAGGAAGGAGGUCCAAGGAAACACCAGAGAGGUCAGGAAGGAGGUCCAAGAAGACUCCAGAGAAGUCAGGAAGGAGGUCCAAGGAGACACCAGUGAGGUCAGGAAGGAGGUCCAAGGAGACACCAGUGAGGUCAGGAAGGAGGUCCAAGGAGACACCAGAGAGGUCAGGAAGGUGGUCCAAGGAAACACCAGAGAGGUCAGGAAGGAGGUCCAAGGAGACACCAGAGAGAUCAGGAAGGAGGUCCAAGGAGACACCAGAGAGGUCAGGAAGGAGGUCCAAGGAGACACCAGAGGUGAGGAUCGUCCGGUCGGCAACAACACGGCUACGCCGCGCCCCACGCUGCGUCUCAAGCUACGCCGCGCCCCACGCUGCGUCUCAAACCGACGCUGCGCCUCAAGCUACGCCGCGCCCCACGCUGCGUCUCAAGCUACGCCGCGCCCCGCGCUGCGUCUCAAGCUACGCCGCGCCCCGCGCUGCGUCUCAAGCUACGCCGCGCCCCGCGCUGCGUCUCAAGCUACGCCGCGCCCCACGCUGCGUCUCAAGCUACGCCGCGCCCCGCGCUGCGUCUCAAGCUACGCCGCGCCCCGCGCUGCGUCUCAAGCUACGCCGCGCCCCACGCUGCGUCUCAAGCUACGCCGCGCCCCACGCUGCGUCUCAAACCGACGCUGCGCCUCAAGCUACGCCGCGCCCCACGCUGCGUCUCAAGCUACGCCGCGCCCCGCGCUGCGUCUCAAGCUACGCCGCGCCCCGCGCUGCGUCUCAAGGUACGCCGCGCCCCGCGCUGCGUCUCAAGCUACGCCGCGCCCCGCGCUGCGUCUCAAGCUACGCCGCGCCCCGCGCUGCGUCUCAAGCUACGCCGCGCCCCACGCUGCGUCUCAAGCUACGCCGCGCCCCACGCUGCGCCUCAAGCUACGCCGCGCCCCACGCUGCGUCUCAAGCUACGCCGCGCCCCGCGCUGCGUCUCAAGCUACGCCGCGCCCCACGCUGCGUCUCAAGGUACGCCGCGCCCCGCGCUGCGUCUCAAGCUACGCCGCGCCCCGCGCUGCGUCUCAAGCUACGCCGCGCCCCGCGCUGCGUCUCAAGCUACGCCGCGCCCCACGCUGCGUCUCAAGCUACGCCGCGCCCCACGCUGCGUCUCAAACCGACGCUGCGCCUCAAGCUACGCCGCGCCCCACGCUGCGUCUCAAGCUACGCCGCGCCCCGCGCUGCGUCUCAAGCUACGCCGCGCCCCGCGCUGCGUCUCAAGCUACGCCGCGCCCCACGCUGCGUCUCAAGCUACGCCGCGCCCCACGCUGCGUCUCAAGCCACGCCGCGCCCCGCGCUGCGUCUCAAGCUACGCCGCGCCCCACGCUGCGUCUCAAACCGACGCUGCGCCUCAAGCUACGCCGCGCCCCACGCUGCGUCUCAAGCUACGCCGCGCCCCGCGCUGCGUCUCAAGCUACGCCGCGCCCCACGCUGCGUCUCAAGGUACGCCGCGCCCCGCGCUGCGUCUCAAGCUACGCCGCGCCCCGCGCUGCGUCUCAAGCUACGCCGCGCCCCGCGCUGCGUCUCAAGCUACGCCGCGCCCCACGCUGCGUCUCAAGCUACGCCGCGCCCCACGCUGCGUCUCAAACCGACGCUGCGCCUCAAGCUACGCCGCGCCCCACGCUGCGUCUCAAGCUACGCCGCGCCCCGCGCUGCGUCUCAAGCUACGCCGCGCCCCGCGCUGCGUCUCAAGCUACGCCGCGCCCCACGCUGCGUCUCAAGCUACGCCGCGCCCCACGCUGCGUCUCAAGCCACGCCGCGCCCCACGCUGCGUCCCAAACCGACGCUGCGCCUCAAGCUACGCCGCGCCCCACGCUGCGUCGCAAACCGACGCUGCGUCGCAAACCGACGCUGCGUCUCAAGCUACGCCGUGCCCACGCUGCGUCUCAAGACGCCGCUGGAACAGUGGUCCAGCGGAACAGGGGUGUGGUUGGGGGGUGUGUGGGUGGGUGGGUGGUGGGGUGGGGGUGGUUUGUGUGGGGUGGGGGGGUUUUUGUGGAGUGGGGUGGGUGGGGUGUGGUGGGUUGUGGGGUGGGGGGGGGGGUGUGUAUUGGUUGUGUGGGUGGUGUUUUGUGUGGAUAUGAUUGGUGUGUGGGUGGGGGUGGUGUUGGGGUGGGGGGUGUUGGGUUGGGGUGUGGGUGGGGGGUGGUUUGGGGGUUGUGGGUUUUUUGUGUGUUGUGGUGUGGUGGGUGGGGGGUGGUGUGUGUUGGGGGGGUGUUGUUGUUGUUGUUUUGUGGGGGGUUUGGGGGGGAGGGGGUUUGUUGGGUUUUUGUGUGUUGUGGUGGGGGGGGGUGGUUUGGGGUGUGUUUUGUGUUAUGUGUGUGUUGGUGGGUUUGGUGUUGGGGUGGUGUUGUUGUUUUGGGUGGGGGGGGGGGGGUUUGGGGGGGUUGGGGUGUGGGUUGUGGUGGGGGGGGUGGGGGGGGGGUUUUGGGGGGGGGGGGGGGGGGGGGGGUGGGUGGGGGUGUUGGGGGGGGGUGGUGUGGGGGUGUGGGGGGUGUGGGGGGGUGGUUGGGGGGGUUGUGGUGGGGGGGGGGGUGGUGUUUUGGGUUUUUGUGGGUUGGGUUUUUUGUUUUUGGUUGGGGGUUUGGGUUUUUUUUGGUGGGGGUUGGGGUGGUGGGGGGUGGUGUGGGGGUUUGUUUGGGGGGGGGGGGGGGGGGGGGGGGUGGUUGGGGGUGGUUGGGGUUUGGUUUGUGGGUGGUGGUGGGGGAGUGUGUGGUGUGGGUUGGUGGGGGGUGGGGGGGUUGUGUUGGGGGGGGGUUGUGGUUGUGGAGUGUGUGGGGGAGUUGGGGGGGUGGUGUGGGGGGUGUGUGGGUGUGGGAGAGUGUGGGGGUUGUGGAGUGUGGGGUGGGUUGUGGGUGGGGGUGGGGGGGGGUUGGUUGUGGUGGGUGGGUUGGUUGUUGGGUGGGGGGUGGGUGGUGGGUGGGUUGUGGGUUUGGGUGUGUUUGUGGGGGGGUGUUUUGGUUGGGUGGGUUGUGGGUGUGGGGGGGGGGGGGGUGGUGGGUGGGGGGGGGUUGGGUGUGGGGUGGGGGGUUGGGGGGUUGUUGGUGUGGUUGGUGGUUUGGUUUGGGGGGGUGGGGGGUUGGUGGGGUUUGGGGUGGGGGGGGGGGUGGGUUGGGGGGGGGGGGGGGUGGUGGUGGUUUGUUGGGUGGGUGGGGGUGGGGUGGGUGUGGGGGGGGGGGGGGGGGGGUUUGGUGGGGGGUGGUUGGGGGUUGGUGGGUGGUGUGGGGGGGGUGGGGGGGGGGGGGGGGUUGGGGGGGUGGGUGGGGGGUGUGGGUGUUGUGGUGGGGGUGGGGGGGGUGGUGGUUGGGGGGUGGGGGGGGGGGGGUUUGGGGGGGGGGGGGGGGGGGGGGUGGUUGGGGGUGGGGUUGUGGUGGGGUGGGGGGGGGGGGGGGGGUGGGGGGGGGGGUGGUGGGGGGUUGGUGGGGGGUUGGGGGGGGGGGGGGGGUGGGGGGUUUGGGUUGGGGGUUGGGGUGGGGGGGUGGGGGGUGGGGGGGGUGGGUGGGGUGGGGGGGGGUUGGGGGGUGUGUGGUGGGGGUGGGUGGGGGUGGGGUGUUUGGGGGGGGGUGGGGGGGGGUGGGGGUGUGGUGUGUGGGGUGGGUGGGGUGGGGGGUGGUGUGGGGGUGGGGUGUGGGGUGUGGGGGGGUGGGGGGGGGGUGGUUGGUGGGGGUGGGUGGGGGGUGUUGGGUGGGGGGGGUUGGGGUUUGGGGGUGUUGGGGGUGUGUUGUGGGGUGUUGGGGGUGGGUGUGGAGGGGUUUGGGGGUGGGGGUGGUGGUGGUUGGUGGGGGUUGGGGUGGGGGGGGUUUUGGGGUUGGGGGGGUGGGGUGGGUUGGGGGGUUUGGGGGUGGGGGUUGUUGUGGGUUGGUGGGUUUUGGGGGGGUGUGGUGGGGGGGGGUGGUGUUUGUGGGGUGGGGGGGGGGGUGGGGGGUGGGGUGGGGGUGGUGUGGGGGGGGGUGGGUGGUGGGUGGGGGGGUGUUUUGUGGGGUGUGUGUUGUGUUUUGUGGGGUGGGGGUUGUGUGUGGGUUUUGUUUGGUUGGGGUUUUGGUGGGGGGGGGUGGGUGUGGGGGGUUGGGGUGGUGGUUUUGGUUGUUUUUUGGUUUGUUUUUUUUGGGGUUGGGGUGGGGUGGGGGUGGGGGUGUGGUGGGUGUGGGGGGGUGGGUGGGGGGGGGGGUGGGGGGUGGGGAGUGUGAGUGUUUGAUGGGGGGUUGGUGUGUGGUUGGGGGGGGUGGGGUGGGGGGGGGGGGUUGGGGGGUGGGGGGUUGGGGUGGAUUUGGGGGGGGGGGUGGGUUGUGGGGUGGGGUGGGGGGGGGUGGGGGGGGGGGGGGUGGGGGGGGUUGUGGGGGGGUGGGGUGGGGGGGGGUGUGGGGGGGGGUGGGGGGGGGGUGUGGGGGUGGUUGGGGGUUGGUGGUUGGUUGUGGGGGGUUGUGGGGGGGGGGGGGGGGGGGUGGGGUUGGUGGGUUUGGGGGUUGGUGGGGGGGGUGUGGGGGGGGGGGGGUGGUUGGUGGGGUGGGGGGGUGGGGGGGGGGGUUGGUGGGGUUGGGGUGUGUUUGGGGUUGUGGGGGGGUUGUGGGGGGUGGGGUUUGUGUGGGGGGGGGUGGGGUGGUGUGGGGGGGGGUGGGGGUGGGGUUUGGGGGGGGGGGUGGUGGGUUUGGGGGGGGGGGGUUUUGUGUGUGGUGGGGGGUGUGGGGGGGUGGGGGUGGGGGGGGGGGGGGGGGGGGGGUUGGGGGGUUGGGUGGGUUGGGGUGUGGUGUGGGGUGGGGGGGGUGGGGGGGGGGGUGGGGGGGGGGUGGGGUGGGGGGGUGGGGGGGGGGGGUGGUUGGUGGUGUGUGUUGGGGGGGGGUGUGGUUGUUUUUGUGGGGGGGUGUGGGGGGUUUGUGUGGUGGGGGGGUUUUGGGGGGUGGGGGGUGGGUGGUGUGUGGUUUGGGGUUGUGGGGGGGGGGGGGUGGGUGGGUGUUGGGGUUGGGUGUUUGUGUGGUGGGUGUUGGUGGUGGGGGUGGGUGUGUGUGGUGGUUGUGUUGGGGGGGGGGGGUGGGUGUGGGGGGGUUUGGUGUGGGGGGGGGGGGUUUUGGUGUGGUGUGUUUGUGGGGGUGGUGGGUGUGUGGGGGGGUGGUGGUGGGGGUGUUGGGGGGGGGUGGUGGGUUUUGGGUGGGUUGUGUGGGUGGGUUGGUGGGGUUGUGGGGGGGGGGGGGGGGGGGUGUGGGUGGGUGGUGGGGGGGGGGGGGGUGGGGGUGGGUGGUGGGUGGGGGGGGGGGGGGUUGGUGGGGGGGGGUGGGGUGUGGGGGGGUUGUGGGGGUGUGGGGGGGUGGUGGGGGGGGGGUGUGUGGGGGUGGGGUGGGUGGGGUGGGGGGGGGGGGUGGUGUGGGUGUGGGGGGGGGGGGGGUGGGGGGGGGGGGGUGGGUGUUGGGGGGGGUGUUGGGGUUUGGGGUUUGUUGUGGGUUUGGGUUGGUGUGUGGGUGGUGGUGUUGGGGGGGUUGGGGUGGGGGGGGGGGGGGGGGGGGGGGUUUGGGUGGGUGGGGUGGUUGGGGGGGUGGUGGGGGUGGGGGGGGGGGGUGUGUGUGGGGGGGGUGGGGGGGGGUGUGGGGGUUGGUGUGUGGGGGGGGGGGGGGUGUGGGUGGGGGUGGGGGGUGGUUUGGUGUUUGGUUGUUGUGGGGUGGUGUGUUGGGUGGGGGGGUUGGUUUGGGGGGUGGGUGGGGGGGGGGUGGGGUGGUGGUGUGGGGGUGGGGGGGGGGGGGGGGUGGGGGGUGGUGGGGGGGGUGGGUGGGGGUUGUGGGGGUGUGUGGGUUUGGGGGGGGGUGGUGUGGGGGGGGGGGGUGUGGGGGGGUUGUUUUUUUUGGGGGGGGGGGGGGUUGGGUGGUGGGGGUGUGGUGUGGGUGGGGGGGGGUGGUGGUGGGGGGGGGUGGGGGGUGGGGGGGGGUGGGGUGGGUUGGGGUGGUGGUGUGGGUGGGUUGGGGGGUGGGGGGGGGGGGGGGGGUUUGGGGGUUGUGGGGGGGGGGUGGGGUGGGGGGGUUGUGUGGGGGGGGGGGGGGGGGUUGGGGGGGGGUGGUUGGGGGGGGUUGUUUGUGGUGGGGGUGGUGUUGUGUGUGUGUGUUUGGGUGGGUGGUUGUGGGGGGGUGUGGUGUGGUUGUUGGUGUGGUGUGGUUGGUGGGUGUUGGUGGGUUUGGGGGGUGUGGGGGGGGGGGGUUGGGUGGGUGUUGUGGGGUGGGGGGUUUGGGUGGGGUGGGGGGGUUGGGGGUGGUGUUGGGGGGGGGGGGGGGUGGGGGUGUGGUUGGGGUUGGGGGUGGGUUGGGGGGGGUGGGGGGGGGGGUGUGGGUUGUUUGGUUGGGGGGGGUGGGGGGGGAGAGAGAGGUGGGGUGGGUUGUGUGGGGUUGUGGUGGGUGGGUGGGGGUGGUUUGGGUGGGUGUUGGGGUGGUGUGUUGUGGGGGUUGGUGUGGGGGGUUGUGGGGUGGGGGGGGGGGGGGGGGUUGUGGGGGGGGGGGGUUGGGGGGGGUGGGGGGUUUGGGGGGGGGGGGGGUGGGGGGGGUGGGUGGGGUUGGGGGUGUGGUUUGGGGGGGGGGGGGGGGGGUGGGGGGGGGUGGGUUUGGGGUUGGGGGGGGGGGGGUGUGGGGGUGUGUUGUGGGGGGGUGGUGUGGGGGUUGGGGUGGGGGGGGGGGGUGGUGGGGGGGUGUGUGUGGGGUGGGUGUGGGGGUGGGGGGGGGGGUGUGGUUGGGGUUUGUGGGUUGGGGGUGUGUGGGUGUGUUGGGUGGUGGUGUUGUGGGGGGGGGGGGGUUGGGGGGGUUUGGGGGUGUGGUGGGGGGGUGGUGGGGUGUUGGGUUUGGGGGUGGUGUGGGGUGGGGGGGGGUUGGGUUGUGGGGUGUGGGGGGUGGGGGGUGGGGUGUGGUUGGGGGGUGUGGGGGUGGGGUGGGGGGGGUGGGGGGGUUGGGGGGUUUGGGGGGUUGGGGGUGGGUUGUGGGGGGUUGGGUGGGGGGUGGUUGGGGGGGGGGGGGGUGGGGUUUGUGUUUGGGGGGUGUGGGGGGGGGGGGGGGGUGGGGGGUUGGGGGUGGGGGUGGGGGUUUGGGGGGGGGGGGGGUUGGUGGUGGGUGGGUUGGGGGUGGUGUGGGUGGGGUGGUGUUGGGGGGUGGGUUGGGGGGUGGUGGUGGUUGUUUGGGUUGGGGUGUGGUUUGUUGGGGGUUUUGUGUGGGGGUUGUGGGGUUGGGUGGGUGUUGGUGGGGGGGGGGGUUUGGUGGGUGGGUGGUGGGUGGGGGUGGGGGGGGGGGGUUGUGGGUGGGGGGGGUGUGGGUGGGGUGGGGGGGGGGGUGGGUUGUGGUUGUUUGGUUUUGUUUUGUGGUUUUUUUGGGGUUGUGGGGGGGGGGGGGGGUGGUUGUGGGGGGUGUGUGUGUGUGUGGUGUGUGUGGGUGGGGUUGGGUUGGGUGGGGGGGGGGGGUGGGGGGGGGGGGUGUGGGUUUGGUGGGGGGUUUGGUUUGGUUGUGUGUUGUUGGGUUUGUGUUGGUGGGUGUUUGGUUUGGGGGUUUGGUUUUGUUGGUUUGUGUGGUUUUGGGGGGGGUUUGGUGGGUUUGGGUUUUUUGUUGGUUUUGGUUUUUGGGGGUUUUUGUGGUGUUGUUGUGGUGGUGUUGUUGGUGUGUGGUUGUGGGUUGGUUUUGGGUGGGGGGGUGUGGGUGGGUUGGUGGGGGGGGGGUUGGUUUGUGGGGUGGGGGUGGGUGUGUUGGGGGAGGGUUUGGGUGGGUGGGGGGGGGGGGUUGGUGGGUGGGGGGGGGGGUGGGGGUGGGGGGGGGGUGGGGGGUUGGGGGUGGGGGGGGUGGGUGUUGUGUGGGGGGGGGUGGUUGUGGGGGGGGGGGUGGUGUGUUUUGGUUUGUUUUGGUGGGUUUGGUUGGUGGGGGGUGUUUGGGGGGGGUUGGGGGUGGGGGGGGGGUGUGUUGGGUGUGUUGGGGGUGGGGGUGGUGGGUGGGGGGGGGUUUGGGUUGGGGGGGGGGGGGGUUGGGGGGGGUUGGGGGGGUGGUUGGUGUGUGUUUGGGUUUGGGGGGGUUGGGGGGGUAUUUUUUUGUUGGGUGGUGUGUUUGGGGGGGGGGGGUGGGGGGGUGGGGGGGUUUGGUGUGGGGUGGUGGGUGUGGGGGGGUGGUGGUUGUGUGUUGGGUUUUGGGGGGAGUUGUGUGGGGGUGGGGGGGGGGGGGUUGGGGGGGGUGGGGGGGGGGGGGGGUGUUGGGUGGGGGGUUUUGGGUGUGGGGGUGGGGGGGGGGGGGGGGGGUGGGGGGGUGUGGUGUUGUGGUUGGUGGGUUUGUGGGGUUGGGGGGUGGGGGGGGGGGUGUUGGUUGGGGGUGGGUGGGGUGGGGGGGGUGUUGGGGGGUUGGGGGGGUGUGGGUGGGGGGUGUGGGGUGUGUGGGGUGGGGGUGGGGUUGGGUUUGGGGUGUUUUGGGGUGGGGUGGGGUGGGGUGGUUGGGGGGUUUGUGUGUUGUGGGGGGGGGGUUUGGGGUGGGGUUGGUUUUGGGGGGUGUGGGGGGGGGGGGGGUUGGGGGUUUUGGGGUUGGGGGGUGGGGGGGGGGGUGUGGGUGGUUUGGGUUUGGUGUGUGGUGUUGGUGGGGUUGGUGUGUUUGGGUUGUGGGUUGGGGUUGUGUGUUGGGGGUGGUUUUGUUUGGGGGGGGGUGGGGGGGUUGGGUGGGGGGUUUGUGGGGUGUGGUUUGGGGGGGGGGGUGGGGGGGUGGGUGGGGGGGGGGGUGUGUGAGUGGGUGGGGGGGGGGGGGGUGGGGGUGGUGGUGGUUGGGGUGUUUGGGGGGGGGGGGGGUUGGGGGGGGGGGGUUUGGGGUUGUUUGGGUUGUUGUGUGGGGGGGGGGGGGGUGGGGGGGGGGGGGGGUUUUGGGGGGGGGGGGGUUUUGGGGGGUGGUUGGUGGUGGUGGUUGUUGUGGGGUGUGUGUGGGGGUUUGGGGGGGGUGGGUGUGUGGGGGGGGGGUGGGGGGUUUGGGGGGGGGGGGGGGUGGGGGGGGGUGUGUGGGUUUGGUUGUGUGGGGGGGUGUGUGGUUUGUUGGGGGGGGUGGGUGGGGGGUGGGGGGGGGGGUUGUGGUGGGGUGGGGGGGUGGGGUGGGUGGGGGUGUGUGUAGUGUGUGGGGGGGUGGGGGUUGGUUUUGGUGGUUUGGGGGGGUUGGGGUUGGUGGGUGUUGGGUGGGUGGGGGUGGGGGGUGGGGGUGUGGGGUGGGGGGUGGGUGGGGUUUGGGGUGGUGGGGGGGUGGGGGGGGUGGGUGGGUGGUGGGGGGUGGGUGGGUGGGGGGGUGGGGGUGGGGGUGGGGGUUGGGUGUGGGGUUGGGUGGUGGGGGUGGUGUGGGGUGGGGGGGGGGGGGUGGGGGUGGGGUGUUUGGGGGGGGGGGGGGGGGGUGUGUGGGGGGGGGGGGGGGGGGGGGGGGGGGGGUGGGGGGGGGGUUGGUGUGGGGGGUGUGGGGGGGUGGGGGGUGUUGGGGGGGGGGUGGGGGUGUGUGUGUGAGUGGGGUGGGGGGGGGGGGGUGGGGGGGGGGUGGUGGGGGGGGGGGGGUUGUUGUGGGGGUGGGGGUGGUGGGGUUUGGUUUGUUUUGUUGUUUUUGUUUGUUGGGGGUGGGGUGUGGGGGGGGGGGGGGGGGGUGGGGUGGUGGGGGGUUUGGUGGGUGUGUGUGUGAGUGUGGGGGGUGGGGGGGGGGUGGUGGUGUGGGGGUUGGGUGUGUGUGUGGUUUUUGGGUGGUUGGGGGGUUGUGGGUGGGGUUGGGUUUGGGGGGGGGUUGGUGGGGGGUGGGGGUGGUGUGGGGGGGUGGGUUGGGUGGGGUUUGGGGGUGUUGUGGUGGGGGGGGUGGUGGGGGGUGUGGUGGUGUGGGGGGGGGGGGUGUUGGGUGGGUGUGGGGGGGUGUUGGUGGGGGUGUGGGUGUUGGGUGUGUUGUGGGUUUGUUUGGUUGGGUGGGUGGGGGGGUUGGGGGUGGUGGGUGGUGUGGUUGGGGGGGUGAUGGGUGUGUGGUGGGUGGUGUUGGGGGUGGGGGGGGGUGUUGGGGGUUGUUGUGGUGUUGUGUGUGUUGGUGUGGGGGGGUGGGGGGUUUGGGGGGGGGUGGGGGUGGGGGGUUGGGGUUGGGGGGUGUGGGUGGGUGUGUGUGUGGGGUUGGGGGGGGGGGGGGUGUGUGUGGUUGUUUUUUUGGUGUGGGUGGGGUGGGGGGUUUUUGUGUGGUGGGGGGUGGGUGUGGGGGGGGGGGUUGGUGUGUGGGAUUGGUGGGGUUGGUGGUGGGGGGGGGGGGGUGGGGGGGGGGGUGGUGGGGGGGGGGGUGGGGGGGGGGGGUGGGGGGGUGUGGGGGGGGUGGGGUGUGGGGGGGGUGUGUGGGGUGUGGGGGUUGGGGUGGUGGGGGGGGGGGGGUGGUUGGGUGUGGGGGGGUUGUGGGGGGGGGGGUGGGGGUGGUGUGGUGGGUUGGGGGGGGGGUGUGGGUGGGUGGUGGGGGGGGGGGUGGUGUGGGGGGUGGUGUUGUGGUGGGGUGGUGGUGUGGGGGGUGUGGGGUGGUGUGGGGUGGGGGGGGGGUUGUGGUUGGUUUGGGUGUGGGGGGGGGGGGUGUGUGUGGGGGGGUGGUGGGGGGUGGGGUGGGGGGGUGUGGGGGUGGGGGUUGGGUGGGGGGGGGUGGGGGGGGGGUGGGGGGGUGGGGUGGGGGUUGGUGUGGGUGUGGGUUGUGUGGGGUUGUUGGGUUUGGGGGGGGGGUGGGGGUUGGUUUUUGGUUUUGUGUGUGUUGUGUGUGUGGGUUUGUGGGUGAGUGUGUGUGUGUGUGUGGGGGUGGUGGGGGGGGGGGUGGGUGGUGUUGUGGGGGGGUGGGUGUGGGUGGUGUUGGGGUGGGGGGGGGUGUGGGGGGGUGGGGGGGGUGUUGGUUGUGUGGGGGGGGGUUGGUGUUGGGGUGGUUGGGUUGGGGUUGGUGGGGUGUGGGGGGGGGGGUGGGUUGGUGGGGUGGGGGGGGGGGGGGGGGGGGGGGGUGGGGUGUUGUUGGGGGGUGUUUUGUGGGGGUGGGGGGGGGUGGGGGGGGGGGGUGGUGGGUGGUUUGGGGGUGGUGGUGGGGGGUGUGUUGGUGUUUUUUUUUUGGUGUGUUUUUUUGUGGGGGUGGUGGGGUUGGUUGGGGGGGGGUGUGGUGUGGGUGUGGGGUGUGGGGGGAGGUGGGGGUUGUUGGUGGUUGUGGGUGGGGGGUUGUGGGGGGUGGGGGUGGGGUGUGGUUGGGGGGGGUGGGGGGGGGGGGGGGGUGUGGGUGGUGGGGGGGGUGGUGUUUGUGGGGGGGGUGGGGUGUGGGUUUUUGGGUGGGGGGGGGGGUGUGGGUUGUGGGGGGGGGGGGGGUGGGGGGUGGUGGUGUGGGGGGGUGGGUGGUUGGGUGUGUGGUUUUGUGUGUGGGGGGGUGUGUGGGUGUUUUUUGUUGGGGUUUGGGUGGGUGGGUGUGUGGGGGGGGGGGGGGGGGUGGGUGGUGGGUGGGGUGUGGGUGUGGGGGGGGGUGGGGGGGUUGGGUGGUGUGGGUGGGGGGUGGGGGGGGUGGGGGUGGUUGGGGGGGGUGGUUGUGUGGGUGUUUGUUUGGGGGUUGGGGGUGGGGUGGGUGUGUGGGGGGGUGUUGUGGUGUUGUUGUGGGGGGGUGGGGGGGGGGGGGUGGGGGGGGGGUUUUUUGGGGGGUUUUGGGGGUGGGGGGGGUUGGGGGUGGUUUUGGGGGGGUUGGGGGGGGGGGGGGGAUGGGUGUUGGUUGGGGGGGUGGGGUUGUUGGUGUGGGGGGGGGGGGGGGGGGGGUGUUUGGGGGUGGGGGGGGGGGGUGGGGGGUGGGGUGGGGGGUGGGUGGGUGUGGGGGGGGUUUGUGGGUGGUUGGGUUUGGGGGUGGGGGGGGGGGUUUGUGGUGGUUGGGGUGGGUGGGGGGUUGGGGGGUGGGGGUGGUGGGGGGGGGUGGGGGGUGUUGGGGUGUUUUGGGUUGGUGGUGUGGGGGGUUGUGGUUGGGUUGGGGGUUGUGUUGGGGGUGGUGGGGUGGGUGUGGGUUUGGUUGGUGGGGUUGUGUGGUGUUGGUGGGGGGGGUUUGUGUUUGGGGGGGGGGGGGGGGGGGGUUUGUUGGGGGGUGGGGGUUGGGUGUGGGUGGGUGGGUUGGGGGUUGGGUGGGUGGGGGUGUUUGUGGGGUGUUGUGUGGUUUGGGGAGUGGGUGGGUGGGAUGGUGGGGGUGUGGGGGUUGGUGGUGGGGGGGGGGGGGGUGGUGUGGGGGUGGUGGGUGUGUGGGGGGGGGGGGGGGGGGGGGGGGUAGUGAGUGUUGUGUGGGGGGGGGGGGUGUGGGGGUGGUUGGGUGGUGGGUUGGGUGGGUUGUGUUUUGGGGUGGGGGGGGUUGGGGUGGGGUUGGGGGGGGUUGGGGGUGUGGGUGGUUGUGGGGGGUGGGGUGGGGGGUGGGGGGUGGGGGGUUUGUGUGGGGUUGUUUGGGUGGGGAGUGGUGUUGGGGUGUUGUGUUGUGGGGGUGUGGUGGUGUUUGGGGGGGGGUGGGGGGUUGGGUUGUUGGUUGUUGUGGGUGUGGGUGUGGGGUUGGAUGGGUUUGUGGGUGGGGGGGGUUGGGGUUGGUGUUGGGGGAUGGUUAUUUGUGGGUUUGUGGUUGUGGAUGUAUCUCUGACAGUGUGGUUUUUUUGUAUGUGGUGGGGUUGGUAUUUGUGGUUUGUGUUGGGGGGUUAGAGGUGUGUGGGAGGUGGGUGAAUUUGAAUAAGAAGGGUUUUGAGUUGGUUUGUUUUUGUGUUUGGUGUUUUGUGUUUGUGGGUUGGUGUUUGGGUUGUUGUUGUUGGUUGGUGGUGGUUGAUGUUUUGGUGUUGUUGUUUAUGGUGGGGGUGUUGGGGGUGUUUGGUGGUUGGUGGUUGGUGGGGGUGGGUAUUGAGUGGGGGGGGGGUGUAUAUGAUUUGGGGGGGGGUGGGGUGGUGGGAGUGGGAGUGUGGUGUGAGAGGUUUGGGUUGGGGGGAUUAAAGGGUAGUAGGGUGUAG